AUGGUGGGAGACUUUUUCACAGCGAGCAGCCUGCUUCUGAUCUCGACGACACUACUGUUCAUUUGUUUUCUUGCGAAAUUAAUUAGGAGAAGAAACAAGGUGGUAAUCAGGAGAAGCACAUACAAAUUGCCACCAGGGAGAAGAGGCUGGCCAAUAGUUGGGGACAGCUUCAGUUGGUACAAUGCGGUCGCAAGUUCCCAUCCCCCUCACUUUGUUGAACAACAGGUCAAAAGGUUUGGCAAGAUAUUCUCAUGCAGUCUGUUUGGAAAAUGGUCUGUGGUAUCAGCAGACCCAACCUUUAACCGGUUUGUAAUGCAAAAUGAAGGGAAACUGUUCCAGUCUAGUUAUCCAAAAUCUUUCAAAGAUUUGGUAGGGAAAAAUGGUGUGAUAACGGUGCAUGGAGAGCAACAAAGGAAACUCCAUCGAAUCGCCUCCAACAUGAUGCGUCUAGAGAAACUCAAGUUUAAUUUCUUGGAAAAUGUUCAAAUGGUUAUGACUCAAACUUUGAGCAAUUUUCCAAGCAAUCAAGUAAUACUUCUCCAGGAUGUUUGUAGAAAGGUGUCUAUAAAUCUAAUGGUUAAUCAACUUUUGGGAGUGUCGAGCGAGUCAGAGAUUGAUGAGAUGACUCAAUUGUUCUCCGACUUCGUUGAUGGUUGUCUCUCUGUUCCAAUCAACUUUCGAGGUUUUGCUUAUCAUACUGCGAUGAAGGCUAGGGGAAAAAUCAUAACGAAGAUAAAUAGGAUAAUGCAAAACUACAGGGAACAAGGCGCAACAGAAGUUGGUAAUGGCGUGCUUGGGAGAUUAUUGGAGGAAGAAAGCUUACCUGAUGAAGCUGUAGCAGACUUUAUUAUCAAUCUUCUCUUUGCUGGGAAUGAAACGACUGCUAAAACAAUGCUGUUUGCAGUCUAUUUCCUUACUCAUUGUCCCAGAGCAAUGAAACAAUUGGUGGAUGAACAAGACAAAUUUGUUGCAGAAGAAAUGCUUACAUGGCAGGAUUAUAAAGCAAUGUCUUUUACACAAUGUGUCAUUGAUGAAACACUUCGCCUUGGGGGAAUUGCAAUUUGGUUAAUGAGGGAGGCAAAAGAAGACGUUGAGUACCAAGACUACAUUAUUCCAAAAGGAUGCUUUGUGGUUCCCUUCCUUUCAGCAGUUCAUUUGGAUGAAAAUGUGUACAAUGAAGCCCUCACCUUCAAUCCAUGGAGAUGGAUGGACCUUGAAAAUCAGGAGAAAAGAAAUUGGAGAAGUAGCUCAUUUUUUGCACCCUUCGGAGGAGGAGCCAGAUUCUGUCCAGGAGCUGAUUUGGCUCGCCUUCAGAUUACCCUUUUCCUUCAUUACUUUGUGACAACAUAUAGAUGGACUCAGCUUAAAGAAGAUCGGAUGUCCUUCUUUCCCUCAGCUCGUUUAGUGAACGGCUUCCAGAUUUGCUUAACUAGACGAUCGACGUGA